GGUAGGCUGGACUGGCAGCAACCUCAAGGACACAGGGAGUCCAAAGGGUUGUUGACAUACUGCGCCCUGCACCCCAAGUAAAACGUCUCUCAGAGAACAGGGCCAGGGCUCAAUCUCCACCAAAGGCAGGCGCGUGGAGAAACGGGACCUCUACUUUCCCAUCCCUCGCCUCGAUUCUGCACCCGCUCUAGCUAGGGGGUCAAGCCCAGCAGCACCCGGACUGGAGGGGAUAUUUGCUCUCCAGGCCACAGUCCCGCCCACUGCAAGCGCCACCUUGGUAAGGGAUUUCUCCGGGCAGAAGCAAACGGGAACUCAUGGCCUUCUUUAUUAAGAUGAGAUCUUCGAGUUCUGGCUGCCGCGCCAGGUCGCGCUACAUUCCAACGCUCCUCCGCCACAGCCAGAUCACUACACUCCUGCACGCGUUCCCACCGAGACUGCGCCUUCUUCCCCAACCCGAGCCUGUCCUUAAGUAAGAUGGAGGCGAGCGCACUUCCGGCGUGUGUCCUUACGGGUGCGUCCGGGCGGCUGCUGCAGGUGCCACCUAGCAGGUUCCAGCCUCUUUGCUGCAUAGAUUACAACGGAGAUGGCGGGCAAGCAGUCCGGCUGGAACCCGGUGGCUCUCCUCCAGCUCCUUCUCUGCGUGAACCCGAUGGUGAUGCCGCCCACCCAGGCCCGGAGUCUGCGCUUCGUUACCUUGCUGUACCGCCACGGAGACCGUUCACCAGUGAAGACAUAUCCCAAGGAUCCCUAUCAGGAAGAAGAAUGGCCCCAGGGGUUUGGUCAGUUAACCAAGGAGGGGAUGCUACAGCACUGGGAGCUUGGCCAGGCCCUGCGGCAGCGCUACCACGGCUUCUUAAACACCUCUUACCACCGGCAAGAGGUUUAUGUGCGAAGCACAGACUUUGACCGGACUCUCAUGAGUGCUGAGGCCAACCUGGCUGGACUCUUCCCUCCCAACGGGAUGCAGCGCUUCAACCCAAACAUCUCGUGGCAGCCUAUCCCUGUGCACACUGUGCCCAUGGCUGAGGACAGGCUGCUGAAGUUCCCGUUGGGCCCAUGUCCCCGUUAUGAGCAGCUGCAGAACGAGACUCGGCAGACACCAGAGUAUCAGAACGAGAGCUCUCGCAAUGCACAAUUUCUGGACAUGGUGGCCAACGAGACAGGGCUUACAGACCUGACACUGGAGAGCGUCUGGAAUGUCUACGACACACUCUUCUGUGAGCAAACGCACGGGCUGCGCCUGCCGCCCUGGGCCUCGCCCCAAACCAUGCAGCGUCUGAGCCGGCUGAAGGACUUCAGCUUCCGCUUCCUCUUCGGAAUCUACCAGCAGGCGGAGAAGGCCCGGCUUCAGGGGGGAGUCCUGCUGGCUCAGAUACGGAAGAACUUGACCCUAAUGGCGACCACCUCCCAGCUCCCCAAGCUGCUGGUUUACUCCGCGCACGACACUACCCUGGUUGCCCUGCAAAUGGCACUGGACGUCUACAAUGGCGAACAAGCCCCCUACGCCUCCUGCCACAUAUUUGAACUGUACCAGGAAGAUUCUGGGAAUUUCUCAGUGGAGAUGUACUUUCGGAACGAGAGUGAGAGGGCCCCCUGGCCACUCAGCCUGCCUGGCUGCCCUCACCGCUGCCCACUGCAGGACUUCCUUCGCCUCACAGAGCCCGUCGUGCCCAAGGAUUGGCAGCAAGAGUGCCAGCUGGCAAGCGGUCCUGCAGACACAGAGGUGAUUGUGGCCUUGGCUGUAUGUGGCUCCAUCCUCUUCCUCCUCAUAGUGCUGCUCCUCACCGUCCUCUUCCGGAUGCAGGCCCAGCCUCCAGGCUACCGCCACGUCGCAGACGGGGAGGACCACGCCUGACAACCAUUCAGCCCCCUUCGGAGGUGGGCUGGGCCCUCACUCCUGACUGUUGCUGCUCCCCAGCCCAUGGACAGGAGACCCUGGGUUGGGCCUCUCUCUGAUGACCCUAGCCAGAUGAGCGAGUGGGGUUCAGCAUGGCCCGUGGUCACGCCUGUCACCCAGCAUUCCCAUGCCUGAUGUUUACCAAGUGCUAUGUUGGACACUGGCUUUCUCCAAACAGGAUUUGCCUCCUCCACACUCCCUACACACCCGAGAUGGAAACUGGCGGUCGGUGUUCACUCAGGACCUAGGAUUAGAGAAUGGCAGAGUUGGUGCUCGAUCCGCCUUGCACUUCUGUCAAGCCCUGCUCUUUCUCCUCCAGUCUGGUCUCUGGCGAAUGGCUCAGAGGACACGGUCUUCCCUCUCAUGAGUGCUUAUUUUAGUGGGAAAAACAGCUAAUACUAGGAGUACGAAUAUUGGCUCCCAAGGAACUGGGUCACCCAGCAACCAGCCAGCCACAUUUCCCUUUGCCUGGAGCCACCAUCGGACUCAGACAGAAUGCUUCCGGAAUCUUUGCCACCCUUUCAUCUGGAGCAGGUCGGAAGGGUGUCUGUACUUGGGAGGGAGUGGGGAGUGGUGGGAGGGGAGCUGCUUGUCACACGGAAUCAGGACACUGCUCUCCCUCAGCUGGGCUGGGGUCUCCAGGGACUUGAGUGACAUGGAGGUUGUGAGCUGGAAAGCUCUAGACUGUGGUCCAGAAUAGGGCUGGGGCAGCUCCUGGAGAAUGAAAGUUUGGACUGCUA